UCAAAUGAUUCAUAACGAUUAAUGAUGAAUGAUGAUGAUGAUCAACCAUCAUUAUAUUUUUGUUUGUCUUGACUAUUGUCUGUUUUGAUUGUUACUGGAAGUUUUUAUUUCUAUUGUUUGCUUGCCUAUAUAUUUGUGUGUGUGUGUGUAUGCCUGUUGAAUAUGCCGAAUACAAGUACAUCGAACAGUAAUAACAAAACAACAACCACAAGCAAUCAUCAUCAAAAUAUGAUGGCUAAUUCAAUUCUUAAAAUUCCCGGAUUAGCAAGACCAUCAUCGGCCAUCGAAAGACAACAUUCAUUUCCAGUCGAUAUGAAACAAGAAAAGAAAAACCAUAAUAAUCUUACUUAUAGUUUUGAACAAUUCAACGCUUCUUGUGAUGAUGCAUGGAAUGAUAAAAUAGAGGACAAGAUUUCCUAUCCAAAUUUGGAAAAAAAUUCACAAAACUCAUCAAACAAUAAGCACAAGUUCGGAAACAAUAAAUCAUCUAUUCUCAUCAAAGAAAUCCCUUCAUCAGAAUCGGCUCAGGGUCUCGCUGAUAAUGAAUCAUCACCGAAACGGCCUGAAGAAGAAUCCAAAGCAUCGUAUCACGAUCCAGAUAAACUGAAAAAUGGUGAUCCGAAAUUGGCCAAACUCAAAAAAUUAUUAUAUGAAGAUGAAAUCACUGAUCUUAGUCUAUUGCGAACAAUCACAUGGAGUGGAAUUUCUGAUGAAGUUAGGCCACUGGCAUGGAAAUUAUUGCUUGGAUACCUUCCGACUGUUCGUUCUAAACGAGCGAUAGUUUCAGAAAAUAAAAAAAGAGAAUACCAAAAUUUGGUCGCCCAAUAUUAUCAUAAUAGACAAGAAAAUGACGAAAUGUAUCGGCAAAUUCAUAUCGAUAUUCCUCGAAUGCAACCACUAAUAACGAUAUUUCAGCAGCCGAUUGUUAAAGAUAUGUUUGAACGUAUUCUAUACAUUUGGUCCAUUCGCCAUCCUGCUUCCGGUUAUGUUCAAGGAAUGAAUGAUCUUGUAACACCUUUUUUCGUCACUUAUCUUUCUGAAUUCGUACCUGGACAUUCAUUCGCUGAUGUUGAAUUAUUUGAUGUGUCUACAUUAUCCGACGAAACAUUAGCAAUAAUCGAAGCUGAUUCAUAUUGGUCAUUUAAUAAGCUGCUUGAUUCGAUUCAAGAUAAUUAUACAUUUGCUCAACCUGGUAUACAGCGAUUGGUGAAUCUGCUGUCACGUGUAGUAUCUAGAGUGGAUAAAAAACUACAUGAACAUUUAGAGAAUAACUCGGUUCAAUAUAUACAAUUUGCUUUCCGGUGGAUGAACAAUCUACUAAUAAGAGAGAUUCCACUUCGAUGUAUAAUACGUUUAUGGGAUACGUAUCUAUCCGAAGGAGCAUUGUCUUCUACCUAUGUGCCAUCCAACAAUUUUAAUGAUACAUUUGAACCGAAUUCAUCAUCAAUGAAUUGUGGAACGCCGUUCUCUUCUGCUUUCCAUUUGUUUGUUUGUGCAGCAUUCUUACGUUUCUGGUCAAAGAGCUUAUUACAGGAGGCUGAUUUUCAAGGAUUAAUGUUACGUUUACAAAAUUUGCCCACGUUUCACUGGUCCGAGAAUGAAGUAAAAUUGCUUGUAGCCGAUGCAUAUCAGCUUAAGUACGCUUUUUCACCCAAUCAUCUUAAAGUUUGAUCAUGAAUGUUCUUCCAUACACGAAAAUACUUGUAAAUAUUUAACAUAGCAAAUCAUUUUCAAUCUGAUGUAUAUUAUACAAUUGAAAAGCAAUCAAAUUACAUGAAUUUUAUUAACGAUCAGAGUGGAUAUUUAAGUUAUAGUUUUCAUUUUAUUUAGCAUUUGAUGAUGAUUUUCCAUUUCAGUCCAUUUGAAUAUCGAUAUAAAUCACAUUAAAUAACUUUCUAAAAUCUG